AAAAGUAUUAUGUUCUCUUCAUGGUUUCGCUGUGGGGGAGAUUUUCACUUUGUGACGUGUGCACUGAUGCCUUCAUCAUAUAGCUGAGAGAGACACACCAGACCUUGCACCAAUCACGUUUAUCUUUCGUUUCUCAAAAGCUAGAAAGGACCACAACUCGUAGAGGUUCUCUGGUUCUGUGUGGACGUUUGUUUCCUCGAAUCUUUUACUGUUGUUUCUCUUUUGUGCUUGAAAACAACACACUCCCUUAACCCUUUUAUUAAAUUCAUCAACUUUUUGGGUUUGAAUGGUGCAUGCUAAGUAGUAGGAAAGAGGGUUGUCUCAGAAACAUGGAAGAGGAAAAAGGUAAACAGCCAUUGUUGGAGAGGAAGAAGUACUAUGAGAACUGCCCCGGUUGCAAAGUGGAUCAAGCCAAAGAGUUGAGUGAGGGACAGGGUGUGCCAAUUACAAAGCUUUUUAUCAUGUGGAUGGUGGCGUUGAGUGCUGCACUGCCUAUAUCAUCUCUCUUUCCGUUCCUCUAUUUCAUGGUAAGGGAUUUUAAUAUAGCGAAAACAGAAGCUGAUAUUAGUACUUAUGCUGGUUAUGUGGGUUCUGUAUUCAUGCUUGGCAGAUGUUUGACAUCUUUUCUGUGGGGAAUCAUAGCAGAUCGCUUUGGUCGAAAACCUGCUAUACUUAUAGGGGUUACUUCAGUUGUCGUUUUCAACACACUAUUUGGCCUUAGCACAAGUUUUUGGAUGGCUAUUAUCACGAGAUUUCUUCUGGGAAGUUUCAAUGGUUAUCUAGGACCAGUGAGGGCAUAUGCAGCUGAACUUUUUAGAGAAGAACAUCAAGCUAUAGGAUUGUCAACAGUAAGCUCAGCUUGGGGCAUAGGCUUAAUAAUUGGUCCAUCACUGGGAGGCUAUUUGGCUCAGCCAGUAGAGAAGUACCCAAAUAUUUUUCCAAGGGAUUCCUUUUGGGAUAAGUUUCCAUACUUCUUGCCCAACCUCAUAACAUCAGCAUUUGCAUUUGUAGUAGCAAUCGGCUGCAUCUGGAUUCCAGAAACACUUCACAACCACAAUUCCAGCAAUGAAUCCACAGAGUAUGCUGAAGCUUUAGAAAAUGGAAGUGAUGCCACAGACAAUGAAAAGAUAACAAAAAAGAAUGAAAACCUUUUCCUGAAUUGGCCCUUAAUGUCAUCUGUCAUUGCUUAUUGUGUCUUCUCACUUCAUGACAUUGCUUAUCAAGAGAUUUUCUCCUUAUGGGCAGUGAGUCCUCCAAAGCUGGGGGGUUUGAACUUUACAACUAAUGAUGUUGGUAACAUUCUUUCAGUAUCAGGUCUUGCACUUAUAAUUUAUCAACUUGCCUUAUACCCUUCUGUGCAAAGAGCAAGUGGAGCUAUUGGUAGUGCCCGCAUUUCAGCUCUGUUAACCAUACCUCUUCUGCAAAGCUACCCGUUCAUUGCAUUGUUCUCAGGCUUAGCAUUAUUCAUAGGGUUGAGUACUGCUUCAAUGCUGAAGAGUAUUUUUUCUAUCACCAUCGUGACUGGUUUGUUCCUUCAACAAAACCGAGUAGUGGAACAGCACCAAAGAGGAACUGCUAAUGGCAUUGCAAUGACAGGCAUGUCUCUAUUCAAAGCUAUUGGCCCUGCAUCAGGUGGUGCAGUAUUAACUUGGUCACAAAAGCGGAUGGAUUCUUCCUUCCUCCCAGGCACACAUAUGGUGUUCUUUGUCUUGAACAUAGCUGAAGCAGUUGGAUUAUUAAUGAUCUUCAAACCAUUCCUUGGUGAGAAAAAGAAACCUGAUCAAUUACAGUGAUAGCAAUCAACAAGAAGUUUGACAUCAUUAAUUGGAACUAUUGAUUAUGAACAAAUCUAUAUCGAUGGCAACAAUUCAAUUUAUAACUUUUCGUUAGAGAAAAAGGAAAAGGUAUCGAAGAUAAAAAGAAUAAAGAAGACUGAAAAAGUGAAGAAAUGUUGUACGUUCUUUUACAGUUGAAAAUGACCUGUGGCCACACAUUUGACCCCUUUUUCUGAAGAGAUGUAACAUACAAUUGAAUUGCAUUCACCACUAUGAACAAAUGAGUCAUUAAA